ACUUGGACAGAAUUUCUUAAAAUUCACUUCUCUUAAUUUCUAGUUUUCUAGCCAAGAACUCCGUUAAAAGAAGAAGAAAAAUGGAUAGGAAUGCUGGAGAAGUUAAACGGCGGUGUGACGAUCAUCAUCCUACUGUUUGGGGAGACCAUUUUGUUGCCUAUGCUCAUCUCUCGGGAGCCAAUGAAGGGGAAAAGAAACAGCAUGAGCACCUUAAGGAAGAAGUAAGAAAAAUGCUAGUGAUGGCUCCUUCCAAAUCAUUGCAAAACCUGAACCUGAUAAACGCAAUCCAAUGUCUCGGAGUAGCGUACCAUUUUGAACAUGAGAUUCAGGAGUCACUGGCCUGUAUCUAUAGCUGUUAUGAAGAAUUGAAUGGUGAAGCUGAUGAAACUGACCUUCAUCUUGUUGCUCUGCGGUUUCGAUUACUUAGGCAACACGGUUAUUAUGUCUCAUCUGAUGCUUUUAGGAAGUUCACUGACGAUCAAGGAUAUUACAAGAAAGCAUUGGUUAGUGACGUGCAAGGAUUGUUGAGCUUGUUUGAGGCAGCACAAUUCAGAGUACACGGUGAAGAAAUAUUGGACGAAGCAGAUAAUUUCACCACCACUCAUUUGAAGCUAUUGUUGCCUACAUUGAGCAAUUCUCUCGCGACGCAAGUCAGGAAUGCACUAAAGUAUCCAAUCAACUAUACUAUGGUGAUAGUAGCAGCGAGGAAAUACAUAUCGUUAUACCAAGAAGAUAAAUCAUGUGAUGAAGUGUUACUAAAUUUCGCAAAGUUGGACUUCAACAUAUUGCAGAAAAUGCAUAAAAGGGAACUAUGUGAUAUCACAAGGUGGUGGAAAGAAUUGGACUUGGCAAAAGCAUUACCUUUUGCAAGAGACAGAAUAGUCGAGUUGUACGUCUGGAGUUUGGGUGUGUACAGCUUUGAGCCCCAGUAUAGGGUUGGCAGAAACAUACUUACCAAAAUGUUAUGCUUCGUUUCUAUUACUGACGAUAUCUAUGACACCUAUGGAACACUAGAUGAGCUUACUCUCCUCACGAAUUCAAUAGAAAGGUGGAACAUCGAUGCUGCAGAACAGUUACCCUCAUAUAUGAAGAUUUUUUACCGUGCACUUCUAGAUGUUUACAGUGAAGUGGAGAAAGAGUUGGCAAGUGAUCAUAACAAGUCAUUUCGAGUCAACUAUUCUAUAACUGCGAAGAAAAAGUUGGCAAGGGCUUAUUUUCAAGAAGCCGAAUGGUAUCAUGGGAAUAAUGUCCCAACAAUGGAACAGUAUGUGAAGAAUGGAAUUCGAACUAGCACUGUCCCAUGUCUUGCGACUCUCUCUUGGUUAGGCAUUGGAAAUGAAGCAACGAAGGAGGCAUACGAUUGGAUUGCAAGUGAACCUCCAGUUCUCCUUGCUUCCUCUAUCAUUGGUAGAUUAUCGAAUGAUAUUGUUUCCCAUGAGAGAGAAGUAGAAAGAGGAGAUGUAACAGGUGUCGAGUGUUACAUGAACGAAUAUGGUGUCACAAAGGAAGAAGCAUGCAGGGAGAUUAGGAAAAUACUGAAGAAUAAAUGGAAGGAUUUGAAUCGAGGAUGCCUAGAACCUACCGAUGUACCAAAAGUUCUGCUAAUGCCACUGCUCAACCUUGCUAGGAUGUGUGAGUUCGUAUAUAAAGAUGAAGAUGCUUAUACUGUUUCCAAAAAUAACUUCAAAGACAUCGUUUCUCUGGUGCUAGUUGAUCCCAUUACAAUAUGAGAACUUGAAAAGGAAAAACAUAAAGAAAAUGAAGGAAAAAAAAAACACUAAAAUUGCAACUCUAGAAUGCUUUUAUAUAUAUGUGUGUGCGCGCAAAAAGAUUUGGGUUGCUGGUUCCAGGGCAAACAGACAAUGCUUAUAUUUGGAUAAGCUAAAUGUACGUAUUGGAAUGAAUAUCAUUUGGUUUCGUGUAAUUUGUUUAGUUGUUGGAGUUGCUCUUUUGUAAUACUUAUAAUAAGUUAUAUACAUGACAUCUUAUCAAA